AUGAGGCUGGAGCUGCUGCUGCUGACUCCACCCAGCCGGCCGGGGCCACCUUUCAUGUUUCUUGCAAGGGGCCAAGGCCCCUUUCCUACUUCCUACCCCUCUGCUUCCGGCGGCUUUGCUCGGACCAAACCCAUCUUCAAACUUGUCCUUCAUGUUGAUCUCAACUACACGCCUGUGAAGUUCCGUGACUGCAUCUUGCAUGGCUACCAUGACACCAUCCAAAAAGAAUGCUCCUUUGAGAGAGAAGCUGCCUCUUACGUAACGUGCAGUGCAGCCUUGGAUCCAUCGUGGAACCCCCACAGUGCGCCCGGGCGCCCAGCCUUCGGGCCGGAGACGCUCCACACCAGCAACUACUCUCUGGUGUUACUGAUUCAGCUCAGCCUGCUCUCCUUCGACCUGUUUGUUAACUCCUUCAGCGAGCUGCUGAGAGCUGAACCGGCUGUCCAGCUGGUGCUUUUCAUUAUCCAGGACAUUUCCAUCCUGUUUAACCUGAUCAUCAUUCUGUUGAUGCUGUUUAACACCUACGUGUUCAGGGUCGGCCUGGUCGCCAUAUUGCUGGAGCGGUUUAGAGCUCUGCUAAUUCUCUCUGCUCUCUACUUGACCUUCAGUAUCAUACUCCAUUCCUGGCUUAUGAAUCUACGUUGGCUAAAUAUCAACAGGUUUAUUUGGACAGACGGCCUUCAGGUGCUGUUUGUGUUCCAAAGAGUCGCUUCUGUGUUGUACUACUAUUUGUACAAGAGGACCUCAGAGUAUCUGGGUGACCCUCGCCUCUACGAAGACUCACCGUGGCUGCGAGAACUGUUCGCUCGGGUCAGACAGUGAUCUUACUGAGAAAAAAAAAAGCUCAUGAUGCCACAGAGGCCAGAACUAAAAACAGAU